GAUCAGUGUGCGCAGUUUCACGUUGGUAAUCGAGAGCAAUCGUUUUUCGUGAAUCCGUUUCACAAGACAAAGAGCGUUCACAGUUCAUACAAUUCUGCAAAUUCUUUGUUGUCAGUUUUUAAUUUUUAAACGGUAGACGUUUAGAUUCAAUAUACAGUAUAUUGAAAAUAUUCUACAUUUAAUUUCUCUGGUCACAGAAUAUUUUUCCCUGUGUUCCCCGAAGCCUCCAAAACGUUCCCUCUACUGAGGUUGUCUUGCUAUAUUUGGAGACCUUUUGAUCAUGGAUGACAUAAGCGGCGGAGGGACUGGAGUCCCACAUAAUGCAGAUUCUUACAUUAACGCACAGAGAACCGCUGGAGCACAUCGGAAGCAGAAUAGCGAAAUAGUAAGUAGCGCGACCAGCGACAGCAGCGCCCCCACACCUAAUACCAUGAUUGCGUCGCCUGCCUCGCAUGUGGAUGCCGCGGCCAGUCGUCCGGAAAUGACCAGCAUCGGACGGGGUCGAUUUCGUCGGAAUGUUGUUGGACAUCGUGGUAGUGCGGAUAGAAAAGGUAAAUACCGCAGUCGCAAAGCAGCCAACCCGCGUCUUAAUAACAAUGCUGACGCUGAUCGCCGCCCAACACCAUCCGACGGCUCUGAUCAGUCAGAACGAGGCGUACAAAAGUUUCCAAAAACUUUUAACAAUAGAAAACGUUUCCAGCGCCAGCGUAAAGAUCACAAAUGGAAGCCGUAUCAUUUGUUAACAUGGGAAGAGAAGAAAGCGUUAGAUGAGCGCGAGACCAUACGGGCGGAGCAGCGGCGUAAUCAGUUAACCACACUGGGCUUCCCCCAGGCACCGUAUAAUACCACGCAGUUUUUAAUGGAAGAUCAUAAAUCGGAGUAUGAUAAACAGUUUGACGACGAGACAGCCGGCUUAUCAUCGGAGGAGAGCAGUCCGGGCGAUGCUGAUAUCGAUUCCCUGCCGGCCCUGGAUCGCGGCUACGAUCAAGAGUAUAUGCGCGUCUUGACCGCUAAUCUCAACGCAUUAUCGAAGGAACGCCUGAUAACCUACGUUCUGCAGAUGGAACAGGAGAAGGGCGUACUGGAGCGGCAGGUGCGACUGCUGCAAAAGGAAGUGGAUGAUUUGACGCCCAAACUGGAUGGGACGGAAUCGAGCGACGUGGAUGCCAAAGAGGAGCGCCGGCUGGCGGUGCCCAGUGAUGAUGGAAGUGACGCCACUGUCGAUUUCCCGGCUACGCACAACAUGGAGAUAGGGUCUGUAUGGCUCUUGUUUAACCACUCGCAAAAUAGAGCUACGAUUCUCUGAUAAACUGCACGGUGCAUGGGUUACGGAUGGAUCGUGUGAUAUGCUGCUGGUGGAAGUGCAAUCGCGGCGUCUCGUGCCUGAUAAGUUGCACGGCUGCUGCGGCAAUUAGCGGUUUCCAUCUCCAUUCAGACAGCGAUCAAUUUUUGCCGUGCUAGCAAGUGCAUGUGUAUGCAGGAACUGUACAGCGCCAACAAAUGUACACAUGUGUACAGCCGCCCGCACAAAGACUCGUUGGACGACCUUGAGGGUGACAUUAGAAGCGGGGUAGUGGUUGCAAGUUGUGCGAUACACUUUGGAGUUUUCAGUCGAGUGGAUGCUGUGUCAGCUUACGUAUUAUGGACGUAAGAACCGCAUUAUCCGCGUGCACAGGAAGGGAGGAGAGGCUCUAGCUACAACCGGUAUGGGACACCAUCAUCCAACACGCUUUCAUCUUUGCAUGUUCCAAAAUGAAUACGAAUACUUCUGCUGUACCUUUUCCCUGGAGCUUCCUUUUUUUCAUCCAAUAUUUUACAAUAUACAUCGGCUUUUACACAUAGUGUAUGGUUAUCGUUAUUCAUAAAUAAAUUAUACUUCAGAGGAUACAUUAUGUGAUGGUGUGUAAUAUUUUAUCUUAUCAGUCCUACUGGGCAACCCAGAAAUUCUUGGUACUAGCUAGCUGACUGAAAAUAAAUAUUCACUGUAAUA